AUGCCUCCUCGAUUACAAUGUUUAAACGCAGCGCGAAAUGCGCUCUCAAUGCCAGGCGUCGGGAUGCGAUUUUCAACUAGUAAAGUUGUCUCGGCUGAACUCCCCCCCGCCUCCGACACAUCGUCCUCGGAUGCGCCUCGUAUUGGUGGUCUCCUCUCACUUCUAAAAGUAAGCCAGGAAAGGACUGCUGAGCGACUUAGGGCGGCACAAGCCAACGCGAGAGCGACUGGACAAAACUCCGCCCAGGAAAACGGAGCAUGGCAGACAAAAACAGACCUGACAAAACAAAUACACAGAAGGUGGAAGGCUGGAGAUGUUUAUGCACCGCAUGAUUUAAGUGGAAUAGAAAUGUCGAAAUGGAAGAAGAGAGGAAAGGUCACUAGAGAUGUAUUUGAUGUUGUUGCAUUUGAUCCUAUUGCUACGGGAAGUUAUAAGAACUUUUCGAUAAUGUCAGAAUAUGUAACGCCCAUGGGAAGGAUUAGGGGAAGUAAGGAAACUGGAUUGAGACCGGUCAAUCAGAGGAAGAUUGCGAAGGCAAUCAGAAGGUCUAUUGGUAUGGGCAUGAUGCCUAGUGUGCAUAGACAUCCCGAGGUUCUUUAUAAGGCGAGAGAGAAAGAUGAGCAGAAUGAUAACUACAAACGAGGUGCACUCGUUUGA